AUGGUCACUUCGAGCAAUGUGACUGAAAUCACUUUCUUGGGAUUUUCCCAGAACCCGGGCACGCAGAAGGUCAUUUCUGUGAUUUUUCUCCUCAUGUACUUGGCCAUCGUGCUGGGCAAUGGCUUCAUUGUGGUGACCAUCAUGGCCAGCAGAGGGCUCACCUCCCCGAUGUAUUUCUUCCUCGGCUACUUGUCCUUUGUGGAAAUCUGUUACUGUUCCGUCACAGCCCCCAAGCUCAUCCUUGACUCUUUUAUGGAAAGGACAGUCAUUUCCCUCAAGGGAUGCAUCACCCAGAUAUUUUUCCUCCAUUUCUUUGGUGGCACCGAGAUCUUCCUCCUGACAGUGAUGGCCUAUGAUCGCUACGUGGCCAUCUGCAAGCCCCUGCACUACACGAGCAUCAUGAACCGGCGUGUGUGCGGCCUCCUGGUGGGAGCAGCGUGGGGCGGGGGGCUGCUGCAUUCUGUUGGGCAGACCUUCCUCAUUUUCCAGCUGCCCUUCUGUGGCCCCAAGGUCCUUGACCACUACUUCUGUGAUGUGCACCCCAUGCUGAAGCUGGCCUGCUCCGACACCUUCCUCAUUGGAGUGCUGAUCAUCACCAAUGGCGGCUCCAUUUCAGUGAUCAGCUUCAUGGUCCUGCUUGCUUCCUACGUGGUCAUCCUGUGCUCCCUGAGGAGCCAGACCUCAGAAGGCCGGCGCAAGGCCCUGUCCACCUGCGCCUCUCACGUGGCAGUUUUAAGCCUGUUCUUCAUUCCCUGUUCCUUUGUCUACAUGAGGCCCUGUGUCACCCUCCCUGUAGACAAGAUAGUCACCGUAUUUUACACAGUGGUCACACCUCUCUUAAACCCCAUCAUCUAUUCCUUCAGGAAUGCAGAAGUGAAGAAUGCCAUGAGGAGACUGAUGGACAGAAAGUGA